GUGAAGUGUGAAGAGGGAAUGAUUCAGUGUGACGACGGUGAGUGCAUUCGAGCUUCGUGGCGAUGUGACGGCCAGAGUGACUGUUCUGAUGGCAGUGACGAGAACGGUUGUGAGGUCACUUGCACGGACGAACAGUUUCGGUGUUUUACCAACAUCACUUGCAUCUGGCGCUCCUGGGUUUGCGACGGCGACAGAGACUGCACAGAUGGCAGUGAUGAGCAAGGCUGUGACAAAGGAAAGCCUGGAUGUGGCAGAGGACAGCUCACGUGCAGGAACGGCCGCUGCGCCAAUUCCACUGCUGUGUGUGACGGGAACGACGACUGCGGACGGCAGCGACGAGGAGGAAUGCCCGGAGCGUGGAUGCGCAGUGGGCGAAUUCACAUGUUCGAACGGCAAGUGUAUCAAAGCCACAGCCAAAUGCAACGGUGCGGAUGAGUGUGGGGACAGGAGCGACGAGGAAGAAUGUGAAACGGAAAGCGGUUGCUCAAAACACCAGUUCCGUUGCGAGUCCGACGGGAUCUGCAUCCCUGCAACCUGGCGAUGCGAUGACGAAGAUGACUGCAAGGACAGUAGCGACGAGUACGGUUGUGGAAAGGUCAGCUGCCUACGGAACUACUUCAGGUGUUCUUCGGGAACUGAGUGCGUGCCCGACUUCUUCCGCUGUGACAAGGAGGAAGACUGUGGUGACGGGAGUGAUGAGUUGGGCUGUGAUGAGCAAGUGUCGUGCGCCAGAGCAGAGUUCCCUUGUCGCUCCAACGACACCUGCGUUCCCGAGAGCUUCGUUUGCGACGGCGACAACGACUGCCGGGACGGAAGCGACGAAGAAAACUGCCCGGAGAAACGAGCAUGCAAAGAAGGAGAAUUCACAUGCGACGACAAAAUUUGCAUUUCCUCGACCUGGCGUUGUGAUGGAGACACGGACUGCUUGAACGGCGAGGACGAGGCCGGCUGCUCGGAGAUAACGUGCCACGUCGACGAGUUCCGCUGUACGUCCGGCGUGUGCAUCCCCAACAACUUCGUUUGCGACGGAGACGACGACUGCCUCGACCUGUCGGACGAGAAGAACUGCACACAGGAGCUGAACUGCGGCGAAGACACGUUCCCUUGCGGCACUCUGUGUCUCCCGCGGAAGAGGGUCUGCGACGGCGCUGCGGACUGCAAGGACCGCGCCGACGAGCGCGACUGUGCCUCCGAGACCGAGACCCCGGCGCUGGAGAGCGACACGACGGCGGAGAUGGCUCAGACCACGACAGAAAUGGGGCUGCCGGCGGUGGAGUGUAUCGAGACCCAGUUCAAAUGCGCCAAGGAGAACCUGUGCAUUCUCGCGUCCUGGCGCUGCGACGGCGAAGAGGACUGCGCCGAUGGGAGCGACGAGGCCGGCUGCGCGGUUGUGUGCGAAGAAAACGAAUUCAUGUGCGCCUCAGGAGACAUGUGCGUCUUCAAGUCCUGGGAGUGUGAUAGUGAGAAAGACUGCAGAGACGGCAGUGACGAGGUUGACUGUGAAGAGUUUGACUGUCAAGAGUUCCAGUUCAAAUGCGCAACGGGAGGCACGUGCGUGGACUCCGUUUACCGCUGCGACGGCGACAACGAUUGUGAUGAUGGCAGUGACGAGGCAAAUUGUGAUAAGGUUGGAUGCAGACAGGAUCAGUUCCGAUGCGACAGCGAGGACACGUGCAUCCCCUCGACGUGGCGCUGCGACGGCGACGAGGACUGCGGCGACGGCAGUGACGAGGCAGAGUGUGAGGCGGAGAUUGAAUGUGAGGAAGAUGAGUUCAGAUGCGCAACAGGAGACAAGUGCAUCCCUUCAUCAUUCCGCUGUGAUGCAGAUAAUGACUGUGGCGAUGGCAGUGAUGAAGACGACUGUGAUAAGAGGGACUGCACCAAAGACGAGUUCCGAUGCGCAACAGAGGAUAACUGCAUCCCGGCGUCAUAUCGGUGCGAUUCUGAUAUUGACUGCGACGACGGCAGUGACGAAAAGGGCUGUGAUAAGAUUGAAUGUGAGGAAGAUGAGUUCAGAUGCGCAACAGGAGACAAGUGCAUCCCUUCAUCAUUCCGCUGUGAUACAGAUAAUGACUGUGGCGAUGGAAGUGAUGAAGACGACUGUGAUAAGAUUACCUGCAGAGAUGAUCAGUUCACCUGCAUAAGCGAUGGCACGUGCAUCCCCUUGGCCUGGAAGUGUGAUUCCGAUAACGACUGCCCCGAUGACAGCGACGAGAAUGUGUGUGAGGAUGAAAAGGACUGUGAAAGCGAAAACUACAAGUGCAGAGAUGACAGAUGCAUACCCCUGAACUGGGUCUGUGAUGGCGAGGAAGACUGUGACGGCGGUGACGACGAAGAAAAAUGCAACUCCGAGGUCGAGUGUAAAGAUGACGAAGUGUUGUGCGCAGGAAACACCACUUGCGUGUUGAAGAGCAAGUGGUGUGAUGGCGCCAAGGAUUGUGAGGAUGGCAGUGACGAAGCGGACUGUGAUAUGAUGAACAAGGCGAGGGAAAAAUGCGGAGACGACGAGCUAGUGUGCAAGUCUACGGGUUCCUGUAUAUCUUUCUUCGAUGUGUGUGAUGGUGUAAGCGACUGUGACGACGGCAGUGACGAGGAGCAGUGCAUAGAUAGCUGUGGCACCGAGGACGCCCCUUGCCUGCCCGAAGCCACGUGUACGAUGGAAUGUCAGGGAGAAGAGGAAUGUUCUACGCUAGAUUAUGGAUGCUUUAUGUUUGAAUGCGAUACCAAUUACACGACCUGCGACACCAAUAAAUGUUUCCAUGAUCUGUUGCGCUGCGACGGAGAGAGGGACUGCAAGGAUGGCAGCGACGAACUCUUCUGUCUUGACGCCACGAAUAAAUGCGCGGAGGGAUACACGCAGUGCAAGGCCGGAACUCGCUGCAUCCGGGACUCGUGGCGGUGCGACGGCGAGAGGGACUGCCCCGAUGGAGGCGACGAAGAGAACUGCGACGACUGCGGAAGUCUCUUCACCUGCGAAGAUUCUAAGAAGUGUAUCCCGACCUCCUGGAAAUGUGACGGCGUUAAGGACUGCGCGGACGGAAGUGAUGAAUAUGGCUGCCCUGUGAAAUGUGAGGAAUUCAGGUGCGCCACUGAGAACAGGUGCAUCCUCAGCGACUGGAGAUGUGACGGGGAUUUCGACUGCUUAGACGGAAGUGAUGAAAGGGACUGCCCUGAGAUCCUCUCCUGCCAUGAGGACCGUGGACAGCUACGAUGUGACAACGGCACGACCUGCGUUGAGACUGAGAAAGUUUGCGAUGGAAACAGAGACUGCGAAGACGGCACUGACGAGGGUCGCUUCUGUGAUAAGGCAUGUCCGCCAGGGAAGUGUAGCCACACCUGCGUGAAGAGCCCAAGCGGGAGUGUGUGCACGUGUCCCGAGGGCCAAGUAAUUGACGAUCUAGGAACCACGUGCCAAGACGGAAUACCCGCAGCCUUCAUUCUUGUGGCGUCGACAAACAAAGUUGACGCUCUGUCUCUCGAUGGCUCAAGAAACUUCACUGUUUACGAAGGGAAGAAAAAAGAAAGCGCCAAGAUGAUAGCUGUGGCAUAUGACCCUGUGACUGACAUGGUGUUUUGGAGUAUGAGCGAUCCUGGUGGAAUAUACAGGAAACCUUUGAGGAGUCAAGGCGAUGCGACUUAUGUCAUCAAUACAGAUGGAAAUGCCGUGGAGGGCUUAGUCGUAGACUGGCUGGGAAGAAACCUGUACAUGGCGGACAGUGGUCGGAACCGCAUCACAGUGUGCGACCUGAACGGCUUCUAUUGCAACUCGCUCGUGACGAAUGUGACGGCAGUGAGAGGCAUUCAGAUCGAUCCCGUCAAUAGGUAACUCAUGUGGUCGACAUGGCGGUCCUCCAAGAUCGAAAUCGCCAACAUGGACGGAACCAACCGCACCCUCCUCGUCCCUGACCUCCGCUGGCCGAACGCAAUCGCCGCUGACCCAUCGAAAGGACGGCU